AUGAAAAGCCGCCGCAAUCGAGUUCCUUACAGGCAAGAUGAAAUUGAAAGGUAUGAUCUCAAGGGCAUUGCUCUCCCCGCCAAAAUCAAGUGCGGUCGCUGCCAAAAGAACCUCCCCCAAGCAAAGUUCUCCUCAAAGCAGCUUACCGAUGCCCGUUGGCAAAUCAAGACCUCGAGCCAGAUCUACAAGCCCAUCAACUGUCACACUUGUACAGGCCAGCAAGUAGUUGAGGUUGAAUGCACAAUGUGUGGAAAGACAAAGGGUCUCGAGGAUUUUGCAAAGUCUCAACGCCGCAAUCCUGAUACGGCAAAGUGCUUCGCGUGCGUUGAGGGUCAGCUUGCCAAUGAGGCUUUUGACGAGGACAAAUACGAAGAUCCUGAUAAGGCCUUUAUCACUCCGGAUCACUCCAAUGGCCAGUAUCCCGAGUACUUCUCGGCGGCUACUUCCGAUACAUCUUCGUCCUAUGGCGAUGAUGACUGGAAGACUGUCAAUGAGAACCACCAGUCCAGUCGUCUCACAGCCAAGGAUGGCGGCAUCAAAUUUUCAGCCGAUUUCCAGCGGGCCAUGUCUCUGAACGGAUCCGCCGAUGAGAACUUGAUUGAUUAUGAGUAUGCUUAUCCCGUUGGCCGUGAAAGGACUGGCAAUGAUGGCUUGAGCGAAGUUCGCACCAAGUCGUGGCACACCCAGUCCAGCAAGGCUCCUACUACCAGCUCGACUUCGACUAUCAAUGCGAAUAGUCGUUCGUAUGCCUCUGCGGCAAGCUCGUCUCACUCGUUCCCCUCAAGUGUGGCUGAGCGAUCCAGUACUUCCGAGCUUUAUCCUAAAGAUGGGGCCAUGACCGCUGCUGCACCUCGAGGUCCUCUUGUAGUAAGUGCAGCUAAUUCCAAACGGUCGUAAUGUCAACUGUUCAACUAAAUAUGCUGUAGAGGCCUAUGGGAGAUGCUGCCCGCGAGAUUGGUCCCGUUGUAGACGCAUGGGGUGAUUCCGACGAUUCCGAUGAAGAUGACGACGACGAUAGUGAUGACGAUACUAUCAUCUAGACUUUCAUCAUCACAUCUGAUGCCGAGAGGUUAAGGGUAUUGAACGGAUGACAUCACUGGAUCGCGGGCAAUUGUGAACACAAUUCUGUGCAAUGAAGUUAUAUGGAUGCGAAUGCUCGAGAAAUCAGUGUACUAUUUAAGGAUUCUUUUGCGAACUUCAUUCUUGCUGAAAUGAAUCUCAUAC